CGUCGUCCUGGCUCUUCUUGCUUCAUCAAGCUUCGGACCUAUCCUCGAGAGAACGUACAUGUAUUGAUUGAGCGUGGGAACCGACGAUGGUCCCGCGUGCUGAAGCGAGGGAUUUCUCACACGAUUGUUGGAGCCCUAAUUGGAUGUAUUACUCAUGGCUGGUUCGCCUUUCAGUAACGUGAUAAUACAAUUAACAUAAAGGUAAAAUAUUUGGAUACAAAUUGACCUCCUUCUUGGUGAAAUGAUAAAAGUAAAAAUUUCCCCCGACGGAAGUUCAUCUAUUUUGUUAUAAAGACGUCACGUCUUUAUAACCAGGUGGGGAUCAGUGAAUAUAUUUGAUCAUACUUUGUUUUUUGCGGUGAAGAACGUAGGGUGGUAUACACACCAGCGAUCUGUUUUUGUUCUUAUCAAAGCGAUUUUAACAUCCGAGAUGCAGCACGCUAUAUUGAUACUCGCUUUUCUUGCCAUAGGAUCAACAGCCAGUAGCUGGGAUAUUUAUAUAGAAAACAUAAUUGCUCAGUCUAAAGAUGCAAGUGGAACUACACAUGCUGAUAAAGCUUGUAUCAUAGGACUUGAUGGAGGAGCUAUAUGGACAACUGCUGGUCAUCCAAAUGCUCUUAAACUACAGGGACAAGAAGGGGUCAACAUUUCAAAUCCAUUUAUAAGUAAAGAUUUUACCUCCUUCAUGGCUGGUGGGAUUUUUGCGGAAGGGAUCAAAUACCAGUUUCUAAGGGUAGAGGAUGAUAAAAUAGUAUUAGCCAAGAAAAAAGAUUCAGGGGCUUUAACGAUGCAAGCAACUAAAACUGCUAUAGUGAUAGCCCACACUAAAGAAGGUAGCCAACAAGGAAACACCAACAAGGGAGUGGCAGUUGUUGCUUAUUACUUGGAAAGUCUUGGCAUGUAGUUUAUCGUAUAUCAUAUCUAAGAUCAUAGCGUGUUACAGAUCCAUUGAGGAAAGCAGAUAGUUGAUAUUUUCAUAUAACAAGACAUUCAAAACUGAUAUAUAAAAAGAAAAGCAUGGUAUUUACUAGUUCGGCUGAUAUGUCGGCAAUACUUCAAUCAAAUGUUGGAUCCCCGGGUUGGAUACGUUCUUAUUGUUUAUUCUUGAAUAUAACAAAACUAUACUACAAAAAUAAAGAAGUCUUGAAACAUAAUAUACUGUAAUAUAUAUAAUUGAUGAGUAAGUAUCUAAAGGCCCCUUAUAUAUAGUUAUUAAUAAAAAAUUGAAUAUAUCAAUUAUCGUAAGUAGGCCCAUUUAUAGAAAAAUGAUUUUUAUGCACCAUUAUUCCCAUUAAACUACCCAAUUUGCUUAUUGAUAUUAUUCUCACUAUCAUCCUAAAUUAAAAUAAAAUAUGCAACAACACGAGUUGUUAUGUUCUCUUCAAUUAGCAA